CUUACUUUCAAAAAUAAAAUUACACACGUUUUUUAACACAUAUUCUCACACAAAAUUUAACAAUGCUUGCCCACAACGUCGAAUCCCGCGUCAUCAAGGCCUCCAUCGAGAGCGUCUGGGCUACCCUGAAGACCCAGGACUUUGGUUUCUGGACCCUGGUCAAGUCUACCGAGUCUGCCUUCAGCGCCGCCGAGGUUGGCAGCACCCGCACUGUCACCUUCACCGACGGCGCUGUCCAGGUCUACCGCCUGGUUGAGUUCUCCGAGCUCAACAACUCGCUGACCUACGAGAUUAUCGAGUCCGAGCCCGCCAUGAGGGUUCUGUCCGCCACCCACCGCAUCCGCGCCUUCCCCGUGUCUGCCGACAACACCACCUUUGUCCAGUGGACUAGUGAGUUCGCCUCCGAGGGUGCUUCGGAGACCGUCCAGGACUCCAAGUACAAGAAGCUGGAGGCUCUGGCCGAUCUGGCCAAGGCUCUUGAGAACUAAAUUUUUUUUGCUUGAUUAGUUUUCUGCACAGCUUGUUUUCUUCUUGCGUAUGAUAUUGCGCUAAUAAAAAAUUUUCUAUCAAAAAAA